AGUGCUCCAUUUUAACCCACCGAGCAAGAAAAACGUCUUUCUUCAAUUUCAUUUUCCUUAUUCCCCUGUUUCCCUAAUUUAACCAGAAUAUCAACCUUCCAAGGCUCUCUUUAUAGAUUUCAACAAAACUCAGAAUUGCUACUAAAUAUAUACGAUUUCUCACUGAUCAUGGAUAGUACUUGUGAUAAUAUAUAUAGCAGUGCUGGUCUUGAUUUAGGAUUAGGCUUUUCAUCAAUGGGGAAUCAAACAUCAAAAAAACACGGACAAGUAGCUGCAGUUAAAUUCGAUCUCGGUUUUGAGCCCUCUCUGAAUUUAAGCCUUUCUUCCGGUGAUCAUCAGAUGGUAGAUCUGAAGACGGAAAAUAAGGAUCAAUUAUCUGUUGCUUCGUCGUAUUCAAAUGGCAGUGUGAAAAGGGAAAGAGAUAUUGGUAGUGAGGUGACAGAAGUAGAAAGAGUGAUUUCUUGUAGAGUAAAUCAUGAUGAAGAUUAUUAUGAAGAUGAUGAUGCUUCAAAUGGAAAGAAGAAACUUAGGCUCACCAAAGUACAAUCUGCUCUGUUAGAGGAAAGCUUCAAGAAACAGAGCACUCUUAAUCCUAAGCAAAAACAGCACUUAGCAAGGAAGCUUAACGUAAGGCCUCGUCAAGUUGAAGUUUGGUUCCAGAAUAGAAGAGCAAGAACGAAGUUGAAGCAAACAGAGGUGGAUUGCGAGUUUUUAAAGAAAUGUUGUGAGACACUAACAGAUGAAAACAGGAAGCUUUACAAAGAAUUGCAAGAACUGAAAGCUUUAAAAGUUGGGCAGCCGUUGUACAUGAAGCUGCCGGCUGCAGCCACCCUCACUGUGUGUCCUUCCUGCGAAAGAGCCGGCGCCGCCCAAAACUCAACCAAGCCUCAUCACCGCUACGGCUCCUUUACCAAUCCCUCCGCAGCUUGUUAAUUAAUUAGUAUUCAAAUUGUCUUGUUGAUUAAUUAAAUUCUCAGGAAAUCUCCCAAAACUUAUUAAGAUUUUUUUUUUUUGGUUAAGGGUUUAAUUUGUACUAUAAUGAAAUGACUUGUAUAGUUCAUUUGUUAAUUAGAGGUUUGCUAAUUAAUCAUUAAUCAAUAUUUUAUUUACUCAUUUGUUUCUUUAA